AUGGGCAAGGACAAAUGGCGAUGGGGAGUAAUCCUCGAUGCUGGCUCAUCCGGCACACGGCUCCACGUCUAUCGCUGGGAAAAUGCUGCGCAUGUCAUCAAGGAUGCCGACUCGCCGGAGGAACUUCGACGGCUGCCGGAACUCAAGACUAAAAAGAGCUGGACAAAGAAGAUUCGACCAGGAGUGUCAACGUUCGGUGACCACCCCGAGGAUAUCGGUCCGGAGCAUCUGAAAUCCCUGAUCAAACAUGCACAGGAUGUCGUACCCCUCGAUAAGCAACCCGACACGCCGAUCUUCCUGAUGGCCACAGCCGGUAUGCGUCUGUUACCGGUUGUCCAGCAGCGAGCUGUGCUGGACCAGAUCUGCACAUAUUUCCGCGCCGAGACAAAGUUCUCCCUUCCGGAUUGUUCGUCCCACAUCCAAGUUAUUCCUGGUUCGACCGAAGGACUGUAUGGAUGGAUUGCGGCAAACUACUUGCUGGGUGGCUUUGAUGACCCCAAGGGUCAUCUCCAUGGCAAGGACCACCACACGUAUGGAUUUCUCGACAUGGGCGGUGCGUCUGCGCAGAUUGCCUUUGCGCCCAACUCGACUGUAGCUGCGCAACAUCCGGAAGACCUCCAGUUGGUGCGAAUGCGGACGUUGGAUGGGGCGCCGAGUGAACACAAGGUCUUCACCACUACCUGGCUCGGAUUUGGCAUGAACGAAGCAAGGCGGCGGUACGUGGAAGAGCUGGUGAGCGAGUUUCUGAUCGAAGGCGAACACGAAGUCCCCGAUCCGUGCCUUCCCAGAGGUCUCCGCACCACAGAGAACGGCGACCUGAUCGAGGGCGUCACGGAGGAACUCGAGCUUGUUGGCACUGGCAUGUGGGAUGAGUGCCAGAGACGAACCAAACCAUUGCUUGGACUCGACAAGCCUUGCGAGGAAGACCCGUGCUUGCUCAAUGGCCAGCACGUUCCCUCCAUCGACUUCGAAGUCAACCACUUUGUUGGCGUAUCCGAAUACUGGCAUACGACGCACGGUGUCUUCGCGGACGGCAAUGAGAACAUCUACGACUUCAACACAUACCAGAAGAAAGUCCAAGAGUUCUGUAGUACGGAGUGGGAAGAGCUCGUGGUCGGCCUUGAGUCGCGGAAAAAUAGCCCGGAGAAGGAAGCUCAGGAGGCAUGCUUCAAGGCGGCCUGGCUCAUUAGCGUGCUUCACGAAGGCCUGGGUAUCCCACGGGCCGGCAUUGAAGAAGCCCCGACACCUGAUAACGACAUCGCCAAGGAGAUUGGAGAAGCUGCCAAAGAGAAGGGCUUCCUCGAACCUUUCCAGGCUGCUGACAAGAUCAGCGGAACUGAAGUCAGUUGGACCUUGGGCAAAAUGGUGCUCUACGCAUCUGGCCAAGUCCCACCACGGAGCAGUUCAAAUCUUCCCGUCGGGUUUGGCAGCAAUGUGCCUGGUGUACCUAGCGAUUUUCAGUACGCGGGUUCCACGUACAAUGCGAGCCUGAUCGCGGAUUUCGACAACGAUUGGAGUGACGCAGCCGAGGAUCUCAUCGAUCAAGCCAAGUCUAAAACAUCCACAGCGGUCCUUGUCUUCGUUAUAAUAUUCUUGAUUUUUGGCUUUCUAUUCAGGAAGCGCGACAGGAGAAUGGGCCUGUACGUCAAGCUCAAUUCCAUUCUACGGCCACGGCGGAAACCCGGCAGUCCUAAGAAGUCCGCCAGGGGAUUUUCUGCCAUCCGGAACAAGUGGUUUCGCCGCGGCAGCCACAAUUACGAACGCGUUCUCGAGGAAGGGGACGUGGACCAGUUUGAACUUGCCGAGACGUCCUCUGACGAGGGCGAAAACUCGGACAGCAGCGGUGAUGGCUCCCGAAUUGGCAGAGCAUCGGGCUUGGCGACGCCAAAGAUCAAUGUCGGCAGUUUUGACGACCUACGCAAGUCUUUGCACCCGGGUAGUGCGCUCGAUCGGGCCGGCCUUGUGGUCCGCACCGAAAGUCGCGAGCGUCUUGUCCCACAAAUGCUGAACGCAGGCCGGAGGAGUCGCAACGGCAGUCCCACGCGCCUCAAAAGCCCCUUAAUGACACCUUUGAACGAGGACUAA